AUGGAUUCCAAACCUAGGGGCGCAAACAGGUCAACGAAAGUCGCAGGGAAACUAAAAGUCUUACCAGAACAACCUGAGGACCUGCCUGUUCUAGGUUCAAAACCUCCUUACUCACCCCCCAGAGACAACGUCGAAAGCACGGGAACAACAGGGGAUAGUGACGAUGGUGAUGUAGAAGAGAACGACGAUUCACAGGAGUACGAUGUUGAGGUUUAUAACCAGAUAUCUCUCAUACCCGAGGGGACAGCUCGCCGAGACGCGUUGCGAUUAACGAAGAAGAAAGCAAAGUCCCUACCACGAGUCACAGCAUACGCUACAGCGAGUUCCUACCGAAUGAAUGAUUUGAUGAAGUUUUUCAAUGCCAGAAGAAAUGCUUACCACACAGAUCCAAAACUGAUUGACGAUGUAAUAUAUACCCCUUAUGUGUACGACCCGCCGCCCAACUCCCAUGAAACACGGUCAUCCCUGCCACCGACGGGCGAUUUGUUAGGCAUCCCAGAACUCAGAGAAGAUGGGGACAUGGACCAGGAAGAACCAACUAAAAAGAGGAAAUCGAGCAAAUUUGACACUACGGCCACCCAGGCUGAGAUAUUUAUGUUUGACUACGGCACUGUUGUAAUUUGGGGCAUGUCAGAAGCGCAGGAAAAGAGGUUUUUGUCGUCUAUAAAACGUUUCGAAAUCGAUCGACUAGCAUCUGAGGACAUUGAAAUGGAAGAUUUAAAUUAUUAUUAUGCAAACUAUAGUCGAAUAUACAACGAUGUUAUAACAUUGCGGAAGGGCUCAAGUUAUAUGACGAAACUUUCAUUAUCGCACGCACUAUCUCAAUCAGUGAAAAUCUCUUUGUUUGAAGAAUUGAUCUCAUCUAAAAUUGAAGAAACUAAAGACAUCCCAGAAGUAAUCAGCGAAACGGGAAAAAUCGGAAUGCCACACAAAGAAAUCAUGCAAAAGAUUGGACAACUGUUCCUCCUGCGUACAAAUAUCAAUUCCGUCGGUUCAGUUCUCGAUUCUCCUGAAGUGUUUUGGGUGAGUGUUUUGCUCGGACGUCCUACAUGCACUUAUCCCGAUCUCCAACCGCUUUACGAUGCUGCUCGGAGCUAUCUCGAAAUCCCACAGAGAAUCAACCUGUUGAAUACCCGUGUCGAAGUUCUUCAGGAUAUGCUCCAACUUCUGAAGGAAUCGGUGUCUAGCAAACAUGCUGAGCGCUUAGAGCAAAUUGUCAUUUUCUUAAUCGGCAUAGAAAUCGUGCUAGGGAUCAUCACAAUUCUUGUCGACCUAAUGGCGGCUUAA